GUCCUAAAUUAAGUUGCAGAGUUUGUACAGAUAUCUCAUCAUCUUCUUCCUUUUGCUUCCAAUCUACUGGAUUUGGACCCUGAAGAAAAAAAAAACAGAUAGGUCAUGGAAAAUGGAGAAUAUUUUGAAGAGAUCUUUGAUCUGAAGCCAGUUUUCCCAGAGAUGUACUCAAAUGGAAGAAGCAUCAAGCCCCAAAUUCCCUACAACAACAAUCCUCCGUCAAAUUCCACCGCUGCAGUCCCCAAAUUAAUCUCUUUUGAGAGCUCAAAUUCACCAAAAAUGGAUCAAAACACCACAAAUCUCGACACCAACAGUGACUACUCUCUAACCUCGGAUAUCAUAAAUUUCUCUUCUUCUGCAAAGGAUGAUAAUUCCAGCAGCAGCAACGAGUACUGUCCUCACUCAGCAAAGAGGAGCUCUUCUGCAGCUCCAAGAACUCCCUCACAAGCCAUGGAUCACGUUGUUGCCGAGAGGAAGAGGAGAGAGAAUCUAAGCCAGCUCUUCAUCAGCCUCUCCAAAGUCGUACCGGGCCUCAAAAAGUUGGACAAGGCUUCACUACUUGAAGAUGGGAUCAACUAUGUGAAAGCUAUGCAAGAACGAGUGCGUGUUUUGGAGGAAGAAGAGAAGAGAAGAGCAAGAGGAAGCUCCGUAGAUGCAGCUGCAGUGAAAGAGGAUUCAUCGUCGUCGUCAUCAUCAUCAUCAGCUUACGGCCUUAAAUCGGACGGUCCAGAAAUUCAAGCAAGAAUUUCGAACAAGCAUGUCUUGAUCAAGAUUUUCUGCAAGAAUAAGAUGGGGUUGGUGUCAAGAAUCCCAAGUGAAAUGAUGGAAAUGCAUCUCAAUGUUGUGGACAUGAGAAUCAUGCCUUUUGGAGGGACUGCUCUUGAUAUCACUAUUCUUGCUGAGAUGCAGAGAGAAUUCAAGGGCACAACGAAAGACAUUGUCGAACAAUUGCAUACCAUAUUCCUUAUCUGAUUUUACCAGAUUACAUGAACUUAGAAGACAUCAACAAUAUAUCUAAUUUUCUGACUUAAAAUGGUAUUUUGUCUUUUUACUUUGAUAAAAUGUAUAUUAGUUACUCACGAUUGAAAUGUGUACGAGAUUAUCCUAAACUAACUUUUUUUUUUUCUGGAAAAUGUUGACAUUUGAUUAA